AUGGUUGGAAGCAAACACCUUAGGAGCAAAACCACCGAGACUGCGCACUCCGGAACGGCCGAAGCCUCGCUGCCACCACGAGGUACAGCUGCUGCCAGCGAUUUGCAGCAACCUCCCAUCGCUGCCAGCACGUUCCAGCAGCUUCCCGGCAAGAUCCAGCAACAUCCCAUGGCUGCCAGUGCUUUCCAGCAGCUCCCAGGAGACUUGCAGCAGCCUCCCAUAGCUGCCAGCGCGUUCCAGCAGCGCCCCGGCCAGUUUCAGCAGCCUCCCAUGGCUGCCAGCGCAUUCCAGAAGUUUCCCAGCGAGCUCCAGCAGCCUCCCAUGGCUGCCAGAUCGUUCCAGCAGCGCCCCGGCCAGUUUCAGCAGCCUCCCAUGGCUGCCAGCGCAUUCCAGAAGUUUCCCAGCGAGCUCCAGCAGCCUCCCAUGGCUGCCAGCGCGUUCCAACAGCUUCCCGAAGAUUUCCAGCAGCCUCCCAUGGCUGCCAGCGCGUUCCAGCAACUUCCCGGAGGGUUCCAGCAGCCCCUCGUGGCUGCCCAUGCUGUCCAGCCACCUCCGGCAGCUACGCAACCUCUCCAAAAAACUGCUAUAGCAACCGGAACACAGCAGCAGCUGUGGCAUGUGGCUGCGGAAAUUGCAGCGCAGCCACGCAGCCCCGUGGCCUCCUCCGUCAUGCAACCCCAAGGCCUAGGUGCCGGUGCCACCACCCAUGAUAGUGCCGCCAUUCGUGACCACCUCAAUGCCAUCUCGGGCCAUUCCCUAGUCUUGGAGCAAAUCCAUUCACUCCCUUCUUUGCAACCACACUUGACGUAUGGGUACACAUCUAAUGGAACCCUAGCCCAUCUGCCAUUGGGCCUGAUCCACACCUCUGCUCCCGACCCACGCAGUCAAGUGAGCCUUAACUCACGAGUUGAUCAGCUUACACAAAGGGUCGAUGACCAAAACAAAUGA